AUGGAAGAGGCCCUUUUUGUUAAUUCUGGCAUCAGUAGCAAAUUGAGGGACAUGACGAACGGAUCCAGUGGGUCUAGUGGGUCCAACAGGUCUGAUAGUCGAGGGGCGAGUAGUUUUGCGUCGAACGAUCUGGCCAAGACUGUGGCCACCACAGCAUCUGUACUUGUCAAUUCGACUGGUACUCAGGGGCAAGCUGCUCUUUUUGCGAAUUCAACCUUCCAGAAAGCGAUUGGGGAUACUUUAGGAGAGGAGUUUCGCACUCGUAGGUUACUGAGAAAGCACGCAGGUGAAGUACGUAUCAGUAUGCUCUCACGACGACGAGCUGAAGCGUCCAUACUACGGCGUAAAAAGCAUUCACGUAAGGACUUCUCUGUUCUUUCCGAGCAGAUGCUUCAUUCCAUUCCUACUGACGAUAAGGCAGGGGGUGGAUCUUUGGGGUCUGUGUAUUCUAAGAGGUUUCAAGCAGGUACUGAUAACAGUGCAAUUAAUGGAGAGAGUAACGAGACGAGUGAUGAUCCGAUAUGGGCGGACGCUUCUACCGAAUUGGAUAAUGAUGCGACCGAGGGGACCGGAGAGACUGAGAAGAAGCGGGAAGACUCUCGAUUCUCACUUUUUCAAGGGUUUUCAGCCACUUUACCAGAGGUUGAUGAGCGUUUAAAGCAAUUGAUAGAUGGUUCUGCCAAGUUAUUGGACUUUAAUAAGGACCACGAGAAUACCAUUUCAGAAAACUUAACCUUGAAAUGCCGUAACUCGUUGUUACCAUCAGGAAUCACAGAGAAAAAAAUCAAAGAAUCACAAGAUUCUUCACAAUUGCUCGAUUUCCAAAAUGAAAUCAACUAUAGAUUGGAUCUAAUGGAGAUUCGGAAGAGUUUGUCAUCAAAUGAAAUCAAUGAGAUUGACCAAAAGAUUGAUCGACUUUACAAGCAACGGAAGUUGGUUUUUGAUCAUAUAGCGUCGUUUGAGCGUGAUCAGACAUAUCUUGAAGACAAACUUUUAGAGAUCGAGCAGCGUUUGACACUGAUAAGAGAUAUUGAGCCAUUAUCCAAUUCUCAUAAGUUGGUGGAUCAAAUGGGAGAAUUGGAAGUUGAAGACAAGGACGAAGACGAAGAAGACGAGGCUGACGACGAUGAAGAUUAUGUUCAGAUCGGACACAAGAUACGGAACACCGGUAAAAGGAUUCCCUCUCGAAAGCACAAGGCCACAUUACAACGGUAUUAUAAACCGGGAAAUGAAAUACAUAGUUUCAAAGCUCAUGAUGACUCCAUUAUAUGCUUUGAAUUUGACGAGCCAUUUGGAACUCUCGUUACGGCCUCCCAGGAUAAUACCGUAAGGGUGUGGGAUAUGUCACGAUAUCGGUGCAUGGGAUUAUUAGAGGGUCACUUCAGUAACGUGACAUGCAUGGAAAUGCAGAAUAGCUUGGUUCUUACGGGGUCUUUGGAUGCGACGUUGAAGUUGUGGGACACGGAUAAAGUUGGAAAUUCAGAGACGGAUGAGAAUGACCAUCGUGAGUUACCUUUGCUACAGACUUUUGAGAGUCAUGUUGAAGAGGUGACAGCAUUAAGCAUGUAUGGUGACACCAUAGUAAGUGGAUCUGCAGACAAAACCAUACGGCAAUGGGAUAUCAAUACAGGAAGAUGCAUGCAGACGAUAGAUGUUUUAUGGGCCACUAAUAUGAUGAUGAAUUCAUCGGUGAUGGAAGAGGGUACUUCUGGCAUGCUACCCAAUGUUGGUAGCUGGGAUAAUGUGAAGCAUCCAUUUAUUGGUGCUUUACAAUGCUAUGAUGCGGCUCUAGCCUCUGGGGGAUCUGAUGGAAUAGUGAGAUUAUGGGACUUGAGAAGUGGAGAAGUUGUUAGGCAACUUAUUGGGCACACAGGACCUGUGAGUUGUCUCCAAUUUGAUGAUAAGAGCCUUGUGACAGGAUCGGUUGAUAGAUCUGUUCGGAUCUGGGAUCUCAGAACGGGUGGAAUAGUGGACUCGUUUGCAUACGACUCACCCAUUACAAGUCUAGAGUUUGACUACAAUAAGAUUGUAUGCACUAACGAAGAGAAUACGGUGAAAGUGUACGAUCGGAUCGAUGAGAAGCAUCGGAAAUGCGGCUCCGGAGUCAAGGAAAAAACCGCCAGCAUAGUUAACUAUGCCAGAUACAGGCAGGGAUAUCUCAUUGAGGGAAGAGAUGAUGGUACUGUGGGAGUAUGGGCUGUAUAA